GGGCUCUCCUUGAGCUGUCAAUCAGGCGCUUUCCUGUGCGCCUCGCGCUGAACGCAGCUCCCUGCGACGCGCUGAAUGCGGAGCGGAGAGGCGCGCUGCAUACCAACAGGGACGCGGAGCAGGACUCUCAGACCCCGUCCCAAUCCAAAACAGUCAAAUAAUAUUCUGGACGACUUCAACCCCAUCUUUGCCUCCAAUGCAUUUUCUGAAAAGAACUCUCUGUCACUGAGAGGCAAAACUAAGUGUGGGGGGUAUUUGUUCUUUCUGCUGGGGUGUUUUUCUGGCUGAGAGAAUCUGCACUGGAGAAGAUAAACAAGCCCACCAGCCGCUGUCGGACGGGAGUCAUUCAAAGGGAAAAGUCAGGACUGAUGGUUUUUCUGCUCUGACAUUCAUCCACGCGCUGGUUUUUUUGUAGAUAUAAACAGAUUCCCCGCUGCGUUCCCUUAAAGGAGGAAUACCUUGACAUUUGGCUGCGAAACCAAACAGAGAAUCAAUCAGAACUCCAUCAUGGGCCACCUACUCUUGCGGAACGCAUUUGCUGGUUUGAUCCUGGUUCUGCUGUCGAAAGGGUCCAGCGUGCGCGGAGCGGAAUUCGGACACCUGCCGGACAACAUUACAGUACUGGAAGGCGAAAGUGUCACUUUGAGAUGUCGGAUCGAUGAGGAGGUGACCCACAAAGCUUGGCUGAACCGCUCCAACAUCCUCUUCACUGGGACGGACAAGUGGUCCCUGGACAAGCGCGUGACGCUGGUCAACAGCAACAACAGCGACUUCUCCAUUCACAUCGACAAAGUGCAAGUAACAGACGAAGGACCUUAUACCUGCACCUUCCAGGCCAACAACCAGCCCCGCAUCGCCCACGUCUACCUCAUCGUCCAAGUGCCAGCAAGAAUCGUCAACAUCUCAAAAAAUGUGUCGGUGAACGAGGGAGAAAAUGUAAACCUUUAUUGUCUGGCGGUCGGCCGGCCUGAGCCCACGGUCACCUGGAAGGACCAGAAAUACGGCCUAGUGAGUGAAGGAGAGUUCCUGGACAUCACAGAGAUCAAGCGGCAGCAGGCCGAGGACUAUGAAUGCAUCACCAACAAUGGCGUGGCUCCGCCUGACCAGCGCAAGGUCAAAGUCACCGUCAACCACCCUCCCAUGAUCACAGACACCAGGAACACGGUGGCUCAUUUGGGAAAGAUAGCAAUCCUGCGCUGUGAAGCAGUGGCAGUCCCACCAGCCUCCUUUGAGUGGUUCAGAGAUGACCACAGGCCAGUGGAGAAUGACAACACAUUGAAGAUCACACACGAGAAGACGCGCUCGCUGCUGAUGUUCACCAAUGUGACAGAGAAAAAUUUUGGCAACUACACUUGCUAUGCCAGAAACCGUCUGGGUGAAUCCAGCGCCAGUAUGCUGCUGUUUCGACCGGGAGCCCUGCAGGGGCGAGGGACUGCUCUACAUGCAGGGAUGAGUGUCAGCAUGUGUGCUUGGGUUUCCCUGUCUGCCGUUCUGCUGAAGGUGUAAUGAUGCCACUCCGUUUGGAAUCGUCCUUCAACGCCCUCAAUAGCCCCACUUCUCCCUCCGCUCCCUCGUUCCCUCUCUAUCGAAGGAAAACGGAAAUGAAAUUCUUUAAUUACGAACCCAUCACUGUGAACGAAAAGAAUAUGCAUUAUUCCAGGAGCCAUUGAAUCACUGCAUCAAACACUCCCUGCCCCCACCCCAAGCCCUCCUUAAACCCUCAAUUUAAUUUGAGGUCAUCUGACUGUCAACAUAUUUUUUUUCUUGUUCUCUCUCUCUUUUCAAUUUCCCAAUAUUUUUGUCUCCCAGAAUGCCUUGCAAAUUUGUCUGACUCGGUACUGCCCCUCACCUUGUUUCCCCUGUUUUGGGCCGAGGUUAACUGAGUAUAUUACUGAAGGUGGAGCUGACCAGUGAUUAAAAUAGAUAAUCCAACAAAGAGUUGGUCAUUUAUGUUCAUGCUACAAGGACUGAUGACUGACCUACAAUGUUUGCCUUAUGAAAAUGAAACCAAUUAUUCGGUUAUUUAUAGGAAUGAUGGGUAUAAUAUGGUACGAGCAGUCAUGUGACCUUUUAAAAGUUGUCCAAAUGGUGACCCUGUGUCACCCCUCAACCACACACACACAAACUUGGACAUUUUUUGUUUUUUUUAUUAUUUCUUUUAACUGUGUAGCAGUAAAGCUGCUAUGGAUGAUGUCAAAAUGUAUUAAAAAAAAGGUGGGUGGUGAUGGCGUCCAUCUUAACUGCCCCUUUAUGUAAUUUGGGGGGUUUAUACUAAAGUUUCGCAUGCAGACUCCCUCACUACCCAAACCUAUCGACCCCUCCCCUCUGUUUGAAGUGCUCCGUCUAGUCUCUCCUUUGCAUCACUGUAGUGUUCUCUGCUGUGUGUCACACGCCUCCCUUACUCUUUCCUCCCUUAUCCCACAGUGUAAAUAUAUGCAGUACAGAGGCAACCGAAAGUUUCCCUCGCACCGAUCAGGCACCUCCAGGAAGCCUCAGCUUGGCUGCAGCCUCGUGAAGCAGCAAAGAGACUGUCCACUGACACAAUUUGCUCUGUUUCAAAACUGCAGCUCCAUCCUCUUCGUCACUUGUUGAUAGCAUGUACUGGUUAGAGAUGUUCCCGUUGUGAGUCCAUAUCCUUCCCUCCUUCCCUUCCCGGCACUGUGUCUGUUCUACUCUGCAAGGUUACCUGCUUUCACUUUUUUGGUGUUAAUAAUAAUAAUACUGAUGAUGAUGAUGUUAAUGAGUAUUUGAAUAACUAUGAAUAGUAAAUCCAUGUGAGACAAAAAAACAAAACAAAAAAACAAACAAGAUCUGAUGGUAAAGAGUCACGCGUGGGGGGGGGAUAGAGUUUUUUUUGUACCUGUCCACACCCAUUGAACAACUUCAGUGAAAAAAAAGAAAAAAAAAUCAAAAAAAGGUGUAAAGUUUUCAAAGUGAUGUGCUCUAUUUUGCCAUGACAAGCUUUUUAAAAACACAUCAGAAACUGUUCUGAGGGGGUCAUUUCAUGUGAGUCCGGAAGCUGCGACUGGUGGUGUAAUUUAUAAUUUGUGACAAUUUCUGUAUUUGAUUCUCUGUGUCCAGCUGUUAACUGCAUCAAGCACACACUCGCAGCACAUUUGUCCACUUGUCAUAGUGUGUCCUCUCGGACCAGCGAGAUAAAUGAUUUGAAUCCGAGUCGCUCUCUGGUCGUGGCUGUGAGUUAGUUCUUUUCCCGCCAGAAUGCAGGGAGAUAAAGAUGUAAUUAGCCGUUACCUGUGGCUGGCUAAGUGAAGGAGCCUGAGCUCCACCUGUCCUUCCUCCCAUCCAGUUAUGGCUACCAUAAAUCAAGCUCAAUCCAGCCAGUGACAGGAAUCCUCUUCAAGGACAACCUUGCCUUGAUGCACCAGUUCUCCCUCCUGUGUGUACCUGUGACAUGCAGGCAUGAGCACUCCAAACCCCCAUGGCACAAUUAUCCACUUCCCCUGCACAGCACAAACAGAAGAAGGCCUGUACUUCAACUCGGGUGGCCGUGCUCUACAGCAACUAUAUGCAAAUUUGCCAUUGUCAGCCGGCAUGGGGAGUUCACUUCGCCUGAUUCCUGCGAUGUCCCAAGAAAAUUAUUUAACAUUAAAUCAAAUGUCUUAACUGUCUUAUGUUUUUUGGAAUUUUCUUUCAACGCAGCAAUAACCCUUCAGUCAAAUGUGUGAGAGAUUUUAGUCAUGGUCAAAGCUGUGGUGUAAUAUUUAAAAUAAUCUGCCAUUAACAAGCUCUAUCAAAUUAGUCUAUUGUUGUACUUUUAUUGUGUACAGUCCUCUGAAAUGAUUGUGAAGCUCUCUUUAAACGGCCCUUCAUCUGACACACUACAUAUUGUAACCACAAGGUCAUGCUCUUUGCAGCGGAUUUGGGUUGUGUGUGAACAAAGACACUCUGCAUGCAUUUUGUUGCUCCAAAACCAACAACGGAUUGAUUUUCAAGCACAAGAGCAGGCUGUUGGUUCAGCCUUUGUUUUUUUUAAAUUUCCUUUACAUGUUUUUUUUUUUUUUAUUGUCAUUUUUUUAAAGUAUUAUUUUUAUUGUUCAUAUUCUGGUAAAUGUCAGCACCUCACUGGGUUUUUGAGUGGAAUAUAGCAUCUAUGUGUACAUAAAUUGUCCUUAAUGAAGAGAAAAAAUAAUAAGAGAAGACAAAUACAGACAUAAAAAACAUCCCUUGUCUGUCAGCGUUGGUUUGAAAAAAGAAAGUCACUUGUUUGUGUAUGGAUGGAAUUUGAAAAAAAAAAAAAAACUCAAAUAUUGUGUUCAGGUUUGCAAGUAUAGCAGGGGAAAGUGUAAUAAAAAAGUAGAACUUUUCUAAA